GAUUAUUCGCCGACUUCUGGACCUUAAUUUUCGAGUUAUACCCAUUGUUUUCAGAGUAUAUUUCUUUUCUGCAGUUCCGCAGGUCUCUCGGUAGCAUUUCGACCGCGGCAUUGCCACCCGAAACGACAAAGUUCGAAAGGAGCUCAGAAGUGAAAUCGUGCUCGUUUCAGGAUGAACGGCGAUACUUAUUCCUCUAGAGGUGCAGAUUCUGGUCGCCCAAGGGACCACUACCGCGACGAGAGACGCGAACGUGGAGAUAGAGGGGAGAGAAGACGGUCAAGAUCGCCACAUUACGGUUCCAGAAGCUCUCGGCGCGAAGCCGAAGCUGAUUCAUACUCCUCUAGUCGUGACUACCGCGCAAGGGAACGGGAGGAUCGCUACUCGAGCCGUAGGGAUGAUCGGGAUUAUGACCGGGAGCGAGGCGAUCGCCGACGCAGAGACUACGAUGAUCGGCCAUCGCGUCGCGAGAGAGAUAGAGAUUUAUUCGAGGAUCGGCCUAGGAGAGAUCGCGGCGACCGGGAGCGCGGAGGAGACAGGAGAGAUCGAAAGAGGAGCCCCUCUCCUUCACGUAAAAGGGAGCCGACGCCCGACUUGACCGAUGUGCCGUCCGUGUUAACGCGCAAGCGGCGCCUGACACAGUGGGACAUCAAGCCUCCUGGAUACGAGAAUGUCACCGCGGAGCAGGCAAAGCUAUCAGCUGACGAUUUAGGCAUGUUUCCCCUUCCCGGGGCUCCUCGACAGCAGCCGAUGGACCCCAGCCGCCUUCAGGCUUUCAUGAACCAGUCGGGCGGUGGCUCUGCAGAUACCUCGGCGCUUAAGCCGUCCAAUUCUCGACAGGCGAAACGUCUGUUCGUGUACAACCUGCCGCCGAACGCGACUGUAGAAAACUUGGUUUCUUUCUUCAACCUUCAACUCAACGGUUUGAAUGUUAUCCAAAGCGUGGACCCAUGUAUCUCAGCCCAGAUCUCCGACGACCACUCUUUUGCACUGCUGGAGUUCAAGUCACCCAAUGAUACCACAGUGGCGCUUGCUUUGGAUGGCAUAACUAUGGGAGAGCAUGAGAGUAACGGGGAAAAUGGUGCAGCUAAGGGAUUGGAAGUGCGACGACCCAAGGACUACAUUGUCCCCAACCUCGCUGAGCAGGAUCUGGAAGGAGCGUCUGGCAUGAAGGAUGUUCCAGACUCACCCAACAAGAUCUGUGUCUCAAAUAUUCCGCAAUACAUUCCAGAAGAGCCGGUAACAAUGCUGCUGAAGUCCUUCGGCGAGCUCAAGUCUUUUGUUCUGGUGAAAGACUCUUCGACGGAGGAAUCUCGGGGAAUUGCUUUCUGCGAGUACGCUGAUCCUAACACUACUACCAUCGCCGUCCAAGGUCUCAACGGCAUGGAGUUGGGAGACCGGCACCUCAAGGUUGUCCGGGCUAGUAUCGGAAUGACUCAGGCAGCUGGGUUGGACAUGGGGGUCAAUGCGAUGUCAAUGUUCGCCAAAACCACGUCUCAGGAUCUGGAGAGCAGCCGUGUGUUGCAGCUGUUGAACAUGGUGACUCCGGAGGAACUCAUGGACAACGAGGAUUACGAGGAAAUCUGCGACGAUGUACGCGACGAGUGUUCCAAGUUCGGCCGUGUUCUUGAACUAAAGAUCCCACGCCCGACCGGCGGCAGCCGACAGUCUCCAGGCGUGGGCAAGAUCUUUGUCAAGUUUGAAACCAUUGAAGCGACAACAGCGGCAUUGAAAUCGCUCGCGGGCAGGAAGUUUUCCGACCGGACAGUCGUCACGACUUACUUCUCCGAGGAAAACUUUGACGUCAAUGCCUGGUAGUUCGCCAUAUUGAAACGUCUUAUAUCUUGCUCAUCCCACGAUGUUUCUAUCUAUCCUUUAUAUCUGAGAUUCCCGGGAGAUCAACAGGGCCAGGCUUCUCCUUGAAUUAAUGAUGUAUCAUAGCGAUCAAUGCAAAGAUCCAACCUCUUUCUGGUUUGUCCUAGUGUCCCAGUAGUCAAUUCUGCGGUCUGGCAUUGAUGAUCAAA